AUGCCAGGCUCCUUUAGCCCAGAGGACUACAUCGACUUUUAUGACAACCCCUUUGACGACCUCGAGUCCAUUCAGGCGGCUUUCCGAGAGCGAGAAGCCAGGGUUCCUUGGUCUGCUAACAACCUCUCCGAGGUCGAUGUCACCAACGUCGACUGGUACGAAUACACCCCACCAAAGGCACUCAGGAAGGCCCCCAAUAUUACCUCUCAGGUUCUCCUUGACAUCAUCUUGUCCUCGAUUGAGAAUGUCAAGACCCAGGCCGCGGACCAGCAGCGCCAGAAGCUCCAUGAGGAGGAGCAAAGCAAGCUAGCAGCGGAUAACGCCAAGAAGCUCGACAAGGGCAAAGAACCAUACCUCCCCAUUAUCAUCCCUCAAGACAAACCCAUAUCCGACGACAGAACAUUCCGGUUUUCCAUCAUCUCCCAGUCGGAAUCUACUUCCACUGUUAUUGGCCCCGAUGUCCCUGCCAAGCCUGAGAAGCGGCGCAAGUUCGCCCUUCGUCGGCUUUUUCACCGCAGUCACCAAAGGGGGGAGAGCAGUACCACUGGUUCUGCCCUAGAGGCUCUCCGCAAGAUAUAUGAGGCUCGGACGAGCAGCGAGUACUCCACGUCAGAACAUGCCACUAUCUUGAAGCCGGGAACCCCCGAGGAGCUAGUCGAAUGUGUCUCCUGUCUCGACGACUUCUCGCCCAAGGAGGUAAUCAAGGUCACUUGCCAUAGUUAUUGCCGUGACUGCUUUGUCCGCCUCGUCUCAGCGGCAGUUCAGAACGAGCAACAGUGGCCGCCCAAGUGCUGCCUAAAUCCGAUUCCUGUCCAGACCAUUGUCCGCUUUAUUCCACCCGACCUCAAGAAGACGUUCCAGGAGCGAUCCAGUGAAUGGGACAUCCCCAUCGGUGAGCGCAUAUACUGCAGCCACCAAGGGUGCAAUCUCUUGAUCAAACCACAAAACAUCAGUACCAAGAAGCGCGAGGGUACCUGCGACAAUCACCAUUCCACAUGCACCAUAUGUCGGGAUGCUGGCCACAAAGGAAAGGAAUGCGAACGAGAUCCCGAUAUGGAAUUGACCAACAUGUUGGCUGAGGAAGAGGGUUGGAAGAGGUGCUUCAACUGCAACGCGCUGGUAGAGCAUCGGGAGGCAUGUCAACAUAUGACAUGUCGAUGCGGGACGCAGUUCUGCUACGUCUGCGGCCUGCGAUGGCGGACGUGCAGCUGCACAGCUCAACAGCUAGACGACAUUAAGACGGCAGCCGAAAAUAGGCGAGAACAAAGACAACUCAGAGAGCAGAGCCAGGCCGAAGAGCUGCGCCAGAUCCUUCUCCAAAUCGAAGAAUUCGAACGCGAGGAGGCCCUCAAGGCCGAAAUGCUUCGCCAAGAGCAGGAGCGGCUGGAGGAGGAACGCCGACAGCGCGAACUUGAGGAAAGAGUUCGACAGGAGAGUAUCCGCCGCAGGGAUAUUGAGCUCAAGUACAAGGAGCUGCGUGUGAUGCUUGAUCAGUUGCAUGAACUGCAGCAGGUCCUGUUUGAGGGCGACCAGGAUGAGACGGCCAAUGACCUGGCCAUGGAGACCAAGACUGCGAAAGAGGAACUCGCCAAGAAGCAGGAAACGGAGCGAUCCGAACUGGACUCACUAAUGAUGACCAAAAUCGCCGAUAAGGAGUACGAACUCAAUAAAGACUUCCAAAUCAGGGCAGCAGAAGAGAACGAUAUCGAGGAGGCUUAUCACGAGAAAUUACAAGAGUACUGGAAGGAGAAGAAGGACGGCGAGGACGAGAUCGAAUCCGCCAUGCUAAACUUGCGCAAACUCAUGGAUCAGAGGCAACACAUGUGGCAGAAGUGGAAGAAGGAGGCUUUGAAGCUCCACGAGGCCAAACUCAAUGACAAACGGUCCCUCCGCGAGGAGAUAAUGUACAGCGCGAAGCACCGACUGGACGCGGCAUUUGAAGAGAAGGAAAAGGACUUGGCGAGCCAGAAGGUAGCCGAGAAGAAGUGGCUGGAGAUGGUCAUUCUCGAGAGGGAAAGGCUCAUGAACGAAUGGGAGGUCCAAGAGGUCGAGGGCGACGCUGAUAGCUUGUUUGCUCCUGACUCGGACAGCGCUGUAGUAGUUGCAUGA